GCAACACAGCCAGAUCUGAGGACAUGCCACAGUCACUCCUGCUGUAAAGGUUUUAAGCAAGAGCACACAGAGGCAGGCAGAAUAAACCUGAUUGACAGAACAGAGCGGCAGGAGCGGAAAAGUGGACAGGGGGUAGGAAGAAGUGCAUGCAGUUGUAUUAUUUUUUUUUUCUUUCUAAAGAGAGGCUAGAAGAAAGUCUGGCAGUGCAGAGGUGAGAGAAAGUGAGAAGCUGCCAGGAGUGGGACUACCCAGCUGUGGGAGGUUCCUCCAGAGAGGGUGCAGAGAUCUUUUUGGUCUCCACUGGGAGUCAGUGCCCCCCAGGAUCUAGAAACAUGGAGCCCUCCAUGUCAACCGAGGUCGACGGAGAACACAAGGAGAGGAGAAAGAUCCAGUUUGCUGUGCCGGCCUCGGCUCCCACCAACCUGGACCCUCGACAAGUGGAGAUGAUCAGACGCAGGAGGCCCACACCUGCCACGCUCUUCAGAGUAGCCGACCAAUCUCCUGAGGACGAUCAGUCCACUCAUCAGGUAAAGUGGGUCGUGGGGGAAAAUGGCGUGCUUAAACCAAAACGUGUGAAUCAGAAUGUGUAUCAGCCUCCAUCGCUCAAAGCUGUGCAGAAGAUGGCUGAAGCCCAAAUGCUGAAACUAGGUGUCUAUCCUUUGGAAGACCCUUGUGAAGGGGACGAGGAUGAGGACCACAGGGAGGGAGAGGAGGCAUCUCCCGCCAAAGCUGCUGAUCAUCAAGAGACAGUCACCACUGAACGGUUUUCCAGUGUGAAAGAGGCGACCAAGGAGAAAGAAACGGCACAGGAGGAAGACGAAGAGGAGGAGGACGAAGAAAAGAAGGAGGCCGAGAUUGAGAACAGUCGAGCGUGCAACUGAGGGGAGAGUAGAUAACCUAUUUCAGAGGGACGAUUUGGGGGGAGAGAGUUGGUGUUGUCAGAUGGUUUAUAAUCCGAGGAACUUGUAGAAAAUGAAGAAAUGGUUAAAUUUGUGGCGUGUCACUCAUUGGAGAGACGUGAGAAUGAUAGAAAAUUCCAUGUGCACGUGAGUAAGCAAAGCUUUUGUACUACUUGCCCUCUAAAGGGUCUUGCUGGAUUUAAAGUGAAAAAAUCUAAUGAGCGGGUGAGGAAUGAUCUACUGACAGAGCAUUGAAGCCACUUUGGCCCUACUGACCCGUUUUUAUAGUGAGAGAGGGGGAUGGGCCAAGGUCAGUGUGACCAAAAACUCUGCAAGCGGAGGUCCUCCCUUCACUGUUAAUGCUUCAGCUCAGAGCUAAACAUUAUUUAAAGAGGCUAAAGGGUUGAACAGAUAAUAAAAAUUCUUGGGUAUAAUUUAAGACUCAAAGUAGCUCUUUUAUGACCCACUGUGAAAGCACUUGGAGGUGAUUUAAACAUGUGUGGCAUGUUCUGCUUCGUUUUGAAAUCAAGGCCUGCGUUGUUCCAAUCAGCCCCUUGUGUGUGCUGCCAUCUUGUGGUGAAAAAGAAGCUCGACAGGGUUUUAAAGUCCAACUCGCAGCUCCAUUGUUUUUUUGUUUUUGUUUUGUUUUUUACUAAUUGAGUUAUAAUCAAAGAUGUGUUGAUCCUUCUGACCUUUUUAUUGCGACUUCAGCUUCAACCUUUAAAUUAAUUAGCAAUCUGCAAUUUCUUCUCAAUGACUAUCAAGUUUAGAACAAGUCCCCAUUUAGUAAAAGCUACUUGCUUUUAUCAUCUUUAAGUUGAAUUAAUUUUUAAUGAUAACUGAAUCAUUCUCAAAAGCAUGCUUUUAUCUAAAAGCUGUUGGUUCAAUGAGUGUAUCUGUUUUGUUUUGCUCAUUUCAUUAACUUUGUAAGAUUUGAAGUUUGAAAUUAAAGGGCAAUUCUACCUCUAAUUGGAAAAAAAAGAAAAAAAAAAGAAACAUCUAUUGCCUCCAUAUUUUAGUUAGUAUUACCAUUAACUGACAAAAAGUUUAAUUUCUUGCUGUUUAUUGGACUGAAGGUAUGAUAUCAAACCGUUUUUUGUAUAUUAACUCUUUUAUAAUUUCAUCUUUUGGACUGUUCCCACAUAAUUGUAUGCUGUAAGAGCUAUUUUUCUAGUCUGAAGUGGAGUUUAUGAGCUCAGCUGGCUGUUUUUGAGAAUGUGACAUGCAGCAGCAGACGCCUAAAGCUAGGCAUUGUGCUUUCCUUUGUAAAUCAGUCAAAUGAGCUCUGUACACAAAUAUGUAUUGUAUAGCUAUUUUACAAUUGAUAAAACCCCUAUUUUACUGAACCAAAUGUAAAACAUUUUAAGUUACAAACAGUCCAUUUCAAAUUCUAGUUUAAGCAGUAGCAGUAAUGCAUGGGAAGAUUUCCAGACGGUCCACAGGGGUGAUUGCAUUGCGCUGUUUGUUCCAUCCAGGCUGCUGUUUGUACAUAAAACUCAGACUGAAUUUUUUUAUUUUUUUAUUUUAACCUCUAACCAACCUACUGGAUGAGCAGCAGGUUGUAUGUGAAGUCAACUCUUCGUUCUCUGUCACCCUUCUACCCUUCUUGGCCCGACUCAAACGAAAAGACGGAAGUAAAAACUCGUAUGAACAUAUUUUUGCUUAUUUUUUGGCCCUCAUUUCUCUUUUGUUUUCCACUCUCUUGUUUCUUAAUGUGAUGUGGUUGUCUUUAAGUGAGGAACUCUAUGAUAUCAAAAUAAAGUUUUUUUUCUUCUACUUUA